AAAAAAAAAGAAACAAAAAUUAAAUAAACAUUUGCAAGGUGUAUUUAUAAAAUGUAAUUCACAGGGAUUUUUCUAACGUACCCCAAUGAUAUUCAAUUGUUUAUUUGAUGUUUAAUAACACUGGAAAAUCGCAUAGUGCUGAACAUCGACGAACAGCUGGCAAUUUUUGUCAAUAAUUAGUGCUUUUGCGCAACACAGAGAAAAUAUACAAAUCAUUCGUUUUAGCAAGUUUUUUUUACGCAGCCAGAAAAUUUAACGUAGCCAAGUGAAAAGUGUAUUUUAAGUUGGAGUUGAAUCAGCAGCAAAACUCGUGGCAUCGCUGCUGUCUGUAGCAUUUUGGAAUUUUUAGUAGCGCAAAGACGUAUACCAAUCAAGAAACAAAAAACAAUUAUGUGCUGAGUGGGGGACUGCGAUUGAUCAGCUGGGGGAAAAUACAACAACAACAGCAGCAGCAGCAGCAGCAGCAAAAGCAGAAGCAGCAGUGGCGGUAACAGCAGCUGCAGAAGCAGAACAAUUGGAGUGUCAUGUUCGGGUUCGAUGGCGAGUAUCGGCGACGACCAGUGCAAAGUCUUGGCGGCGCCUCGCAGACCUGUGACAGAGAUACGGCCAUACGAAAAGCGGCGGUGGAACGACAAAAACGCAACGAGCUGCGACAGAAGACUCACGGUGCAGUUGUGCUGCAAUCGUAUGCACGCUCUUUCAUCCAUCGCCAGCGACGCAAGCGAGCCGAACGCGAGGCUUUCGAUGCGUAUUUGCAUGCACACCGAGAUCGCGUUACGGAGGAUGUGAGUCUGUGCUUCCUCUUACGCCGUCUCACUUUUUUUUACAGUAAUCGAGUGCCCAAGGACAGUGAGCGACUAAUUGAAGUAUGUCAGCAAAUUUUGCGAAAUCCCACACGUUUGCUGCAGCAUGCAGCACACGAUUCCGUUUGGUUGCUGCGGGUGUGUAAGGUUUUGGAUGCGUGUCUGGUGCAGUUGGCGCUUCCGCACAGCGUGCAGGCGAUUCCUCUGCGCAUGCUGGAGACCUUCACUACAGUCGCAGCCGUGGAGCGAUAUGUAGAAGAUGAGACGGUGCUGUACAAGUAUCUGGAAUGUGUCUUUGGCUUCCUUAUCACACGUAAUUAUUUUGUGCGUUUGCGUCAGCUACUAGAUGACAAAUGCCCGCCGCUGGACGGCGAGACACUACACGCUCCAACUCCGUUCGCCGAUGCGUUAAUGCAGCUAAUGUUGCGACCAUUGAGCGUUGCAUUGCGUCAGCCAUGCAGCGAGUUGUCGCAGCUCUUCAGUCGCAAGUUCAUUUGCGAUAUUUUAGCUACGCCACACACAGAGCCAGUGCGUUACUUUGUGCUGCCCUGCUUGGCGGAGAGCGAAGAAUUUCCUUAUGCUCUGCUCAUGCACACGCUACAUGCGUUACUAGACAUAAGCGAGUACUCGCCCGUUUCAGAAGUCGCAGCCACAGAUAGUGUCAACACCAAUAACUUGUUUUAUGGUGUUAUGCAGGCUGAGGAAGCCGGGGUGAAGUCAUCAAAGGCGCAGACGCACGAUAAGCUGUUCAGCUCGUAUUUACUUAACUCGCUCUUGGUGCUGGAUCGCAGCCACCUAGGCACAUUAGAACAGAGUAACCUUCUAAUUGUCUAUGUGCGUGUCAUUGCUGAAAUGAUGCCCAACAUCUUGCAGCUGCCAAAGUCCACCCUGCGCACGCAUGCGACACCACAUCGUCACACAGACUCCGACGAUGAGGACGAUUCAGAUGAGUCCGACGAAGAGGAUGAUGGACAGCCCUCGACUCGCACGCUCGACUACGACAUGGAGCAGUCCUGCCGCACGCCAGGCGAACUGAGCAGCAAGGAACGAAAUAGUCUGCUAGAAUCGAUAACCAUAUUAAACGAAACACAGCGUGUGGAUUUCAUUGUACAGCAAAUUGAGCCGCACAUUGAACAGAGCCAGGUUAUAUACGCGCUAUGCGAGAUCUGUCACAAUUUGAUGAUUUACAAUAAGCAUGCAGUCUAUGAAUAUAGAUUGCUAUACACUUUGGCCUUUACGCCAAAAUUCAUACGAGCUGUUUGGUUUAAGCUGGCCGCCGAGUCAACUCAACUCGGAUUUUCAUCGCCGCUUUCACUUAUCUCUAAGGGUGUAGUUCCCAAGAAGCAGGGCGUGGACCGUACUAUACCUUUGUUAGCGACCUUUUGCAUGCUUUUUGGACGUCUGUUGCCCACGCUGCACGAUGUGGAAUUCGUCGAAAAGAAACUUUUGGAAGCGGCCCCUCAACAUCAUGCUAGACUGAUGCCCUUCUCCAUUGCGGAGAUAGUGCAAAUGUCAAAGACGCUAAAGGACAUUAGUUUGGGCCUGGUAGAGCUCGCCUUUCGUAGUGUGCUGGGCCACACUGAUGCUGACGGCAAGACGUUGCGUCAUCAGAAGCAGAUUUGGGCAAAUUUAUUAAAUGUCGUGGUCUUUGUGCUCAAUCAAAUACACUCACGUGAUUUACGUUUGGGCUUUUGUCCCGAAGGUCAUUGGACUGUUUCUCGAUUGGAUUUGCCACUGGAUAGACCAACGGAUCUGCCCUUGACACACAGCAGUCGCUUGAGGGGCAUACGCCCAUUUCAGCCCAUACGCGAUUUCACACGUGAGGACUUUGAGAACGGACCGCCCAUGUCAACCAAGCAAAAACGCUCCAUUACUAUAUUGCGCGAAAUUCCUUUCGUCGUGGCGUUCAAUAAGCGUGUUAGCAUACUGCAGGGACUGGUUGCUGCUAACAAGAUGCGCGUGCAGGGUCAUCUGCAGGCUUUUCUGCAGGGCCCCUCCAUUAUGGUAACUGUGCGUCGUACGCAUUUAUAUGAAGAUGCCUACGAUAAGCUGCGUCCAGAGAAUGAACCGGACUUACGCUUGAAGUUUCGCAUACAGUUUGUUUCUCAGUUGGGAUUGGAUGAGGCGGGCAUUGAUGGUGGUGGUGUAUUUCGAGAAUUUCUAUCGGAGCUUAUAAAAACAGCUUUUGAUCCCAAUCGGGGAUUCUUUAUGGUAACGACGGAUAACAAAUUGUAUCCUAAUCCCAAUGUCGCGGAUCUUUUUAGUGACUUUGAAAAGCAUUAUUAUUUCAUUGGUCGUAUUUUGGGCAAAGCAAUCUAUGAAAAUUUAUUGGUUGAGUUGCCGCUGGCUGAAUUUUUCCUAACCAAGCUAGCCGGCAAAUAUUCAGACGUGGAUAUACAUCAAUUGGCCUCUCUAGAUCCGGAGCUAUAUCGAAAUCUACUUUACCUCAAAGACUAUCCGGGCGAUGUUAGUGAACUGAAUUUGGAUUUUACAGUCGCCAGCAGUUCGCUAGGGCAAACGCAAGUGGUGGAGCUCAAGCCUCAGGGUCAGAGCACGCCGGUGACCAACUCGAAUCGCAUCGAGUACCUGCAGUUGAUAGCUAACUUCAAGCUCAAUGUGCAAAUCAAGCGUCAUUGCAAAGCCUUCCGCAAGGGAUUGUCCAACGUAUUGCCCAUCGAGUGGCUUUAUAUGUUCAGCAACAAAGAGCUGCAAAUACUCAUUUCGGGCGCCGAAAUACCUAUCGAUUUAGAGGAUUUGAAAAAACACUGCAAGUAUGGUGGGGAAUACACGCCAGAACAUCCUUCAAUCGUCGCAUUCUGGGAGGCUGUGGAGGGCUUCGACGAUUUGCAGCGACGGCAACUGCUCAAAUUUGUCACCAGCUGCUCGCGGCCCCCUUUGCUGGGCUUUAAGGAUUUGGAUCCACCGUUCUUUAUACAAAACGCUGGGGAUAUGGAGCGCUUGCCCACGGCCAGCACAUGCACGAAUCUGCUAAAACUUCCGCCUUUCAAGAAUGCUGAACAGAUGCGCGAAAAACUAAUCUAUGCCAUACAGUCCGGUGUGGGCUUCGAACUUAGCUAAGAUGUGCGUUCCUUUCUGGCACACCAAUUACACACACAUAUCGAAUGCAAUAAACCCACACAGAGAAUAACAGGACACCUAUCCAGCAACGGAAUCGAUGGCUGGGCAAGCAAACUAUUCCAGUUCAUUUAGAUAUGUAAUUAUGAUAAACGUAAUAAUUUGUCUAAUGUAAAGUAUGAAGCUUAUGAGGUCUGUUUUUCAAGUUUUCUUUUUAGUUGAUUUGUGUUUUUUUUUCAUAGGACACAAUAUAAAUGUAAAAAAAAACGAAUA